GGUUUUAUCUGUAGCUCUGUCCCUUCCUUUCGUCUCCUUCGUACUUCUCGCCGCGCGCUACUCUCUUUCUCUUUCCCGAAAGGACGCUCAGAACGCGCGUACACCCCGGCACGUCCACGCGGAAAUCCGUGCAUUACGUGGAACUACCGUACCGGUGAAGAGGAAGAGUCGUACACGUUGCGUGCUCCUUUUGUGCUUGUGGAAAAUCGCGGCCGGAAACACGUGCAAUAUAGCCGACGGUUCGGUGGCGCGCGUUCGCGCGACGAAUUAAACACGCUCGUGCCGUCCUGCGCCCUGACACGCGACAGUGAACCUUUCGAUUCCUUUGUGGUCGCACCGAGUGAGCUCGCGUUUUAUUUCCUACAGCGGCACUCUUAAACACGGACCUGGAAACUCUCACCAAUGGUUCAUAUAGUGGAUGUUGUAUCGUCGCGUCGGAACGACUUGCAAAUGAUGAACCGUCCUAUUCAAGUGAAGCCGGCGGACAGUGAAAACCGCGGAGACAGAAAGCUGUUCGUGGGAAUGCUCAGCAAGCAACAAACCGAAGACGAUGUCAGACAGUUGUUCACUGCCUUUGGCACAAUAGAGGAGUGUACCAUCCUCCGUGGACCUGACGGCAGUAGCAGAGGUUGUGCAUUCGUAAAACUCUCGUCACAUCAAGAAGCGCUAGCGGCGAUUAAUUCUUUACACGGUAGCCAAACUAUGCCGGGUGCGUCAUCCAGCGUAGUGGUAAAGUUCGCAGAUACUGAGAAAGAGAGACAAGUAAGACGCAUGCAGCAAAUGGCCGGGAACAUGAGCAUCCUUAACCCUUUCGUCUUCAAUCAGUUCGGCGCUUACGGCGCUUAUGCUCAGCAGCAAGCAGCCCUCAUGGCUGCCGCAACGGCACAGGGGACGUACAUCAACCCGAUGGCGGCGUUGGCAGCUGGACAAUUGCCGCACGCGUUAAAUGGCAUGCCAAACCCCAUCGUCCCACCGACUUCCGGUUUGCUCGUAGGUACCGGUACAGGGCAGCCGGUUAACGGUGCGAUACCGUCGUUACCGUCGCCAACGAUGCCCAAUUUCAACAUGGCUGCACAAACACCGAACGGUCAACCAACAGGUUCGGAUCCCGGCGUCUACACCAACGGGAUACCUCAGACCUAUGCAGGACAUGCCCUCCAUCUGUCCAUUCCAGCACAAGGGCUGGCCAAUGGGGAUGCGGCAAUCCAGCAUGCCGCCGCGUAUUCUGGAAUUCAACCCUUCGCCGGUGUCGCUUAUCCCGCCGUCUACGGCCAGUUUCCUCAAGCUAUUCCUCAGCCGAUGACCGCCGUGGCACCCACGCAAAGGGAAGGAUGCUCUAUCUCAGGACCCGAGGGCUGCAACCUGUUCAUCUACCACCUGCCUCAGGAUUUCGGAGACAGUGAUCUAAUGCAGAUGUUCGUCCCGUUUGGCAACGUCAUAUCAUCCAAGGUUUUCAUCGACCGGGCCACCAACCAGAGCAAAUGCUUCGGUUUCGUAUCGUUCGAUAAUCCUGCAAGCGCGCAUGCAGCGAUUCAAGCGAUGAAUGGCUUCCAGAUAGGGAUGAAGCGUUUAAAAGUCCAGUUGAAGAGGCCCAAGGACACAAACCGGCCAUACUAACCAAAGUCCUAGCUUAGAGAAACUGGACGAUACGCACCCUACAUCAUAACCUACAGAAUGUCGUACAAGAACACGGGCUCAUUGAACGCUCGACGAUCAGAAGUGACGAGUUUGAAUCACCGUUACAACGCUCUCCACUAUAAUAACCUAGUAUACUAGUUAGGUAAUUAAUUAGAGGAUAAAAAAGUCAGUAGACCGACUUCGCCGGCAGCCACGCGGCGAUGACGAAGAGGCUGAUGCUAAAAAAAAGAAAAGAAAAAAAAAACAUUGGAUAUUCAGCACUGAACCCAGUCCGAGUAGGAUUCACGCUUCAGAGUUCUCGGAUGCUCGGAUAGAACGAAUUAUCUGCUAGAAACGCAUCAAUUAUUCCAUUCUCUCCAUUUUUCUUUUCUUGCGUUCCUAUCCUCUACGCAUCUUCUUUCUUCAUCCUUCGAUCCCUACUGCCAAGCGAGAAUCGUAUCAAAAUGGCGAAAACUUUCUCAACCUUCCUUCCUGUUUUUCUUCGACCUAGCGCUAUCCGAGAAUCCGAUCAUCCGGGAAACCUAACGUCGAGAGGCUAAGAAUCUCUCGAUCGAGUUAUCGUUCCGACGACACGCUAACUCCUAGUUUGAUAAUCACGAUGAACGUUCAAGACGGGUGACUUUGCAACAAUAACCAAAGAAAUACUCUUAGUUCCUGAUACGCAACGGCAUGGCGAUGGAUCGCCGACCGACUGUUGAUACAAAAGUUAACUAUUACUGCGAUUCGAUCCAAUAGAACACGAGAGAAACAGAUACCCUCCUCAGAUUCUUUAGGAAACAACAGCUACUAUCGAGCUACAUUCGUUUCACGAGCUAAACUCCGGCUUUAGUUUCGAACGCAGAAUUCCACGAAUCCGACAUUAAACGUGUCUCAACUCUGGUCCGAGAACGCGCGAUAAAUAUCGAUGUAUCGACGUCGAAUCGUUAGGAUCUUCGAUGGUCCUCGUCAGGACAGACCGCGACGGCAAGUGCCGUCUCUCCUAACGCAAACUUGUCAAUCACGUAUACAGGGUGCUCGUCUCACGCAACGUCUAAAAAAAAAACAAGGAAAAAAAGGAAUUUCUGAAAGAGACUACGUAUGGAACACGAGAAACACGUUUACAUGCGUAUACAUGUCGGUGUAUACAUAUAUAGUAUAUAGUCCGGUGAGAUGGCAAGCGAACCAAAAUAGGAUCCGCAAUUGUAUCCGGCUACCGUCUCGUCGGACGUAUACGUAUACGCGCGCACAUACACGCAUGCACACAUGCACAACACGCGCAUACAUUCAUUAUACACGUAUGUAAUUCGUGUGAAAUUGUGGAAUUAUCAGUGCCGACCCAACAUCCGCGGGUUUAUCGGUUCUCCUUAAGUUUAAGGUUUGAAAACGCAUAGGUCCGUGCUGUAGGUUUUAUAUAAUACAUAUACGACAUUUAAAGGGAUCGUCAGUGCCGUGUCAAAGUGGAUGUCAUCUUGGAGUCCGGUCGUCCGCGCUACGGCGCUCGUUUACAUUAUGUAACGUUUUAUUAUUAUUAUUAUUAUUAUUAUUAGCCUUAUCAUCAUCAUUAUUAUUAUUAAGUACGAUUUAUUGAGUGAAGAGAGCGAACGAAUUUCCGGCCGAAUCUAUCGGGGUUCCUUUUCCAAAUCGAUCAGGAUCAAGAUCAUGUCGAGGCUCGAUGAUUCACGAGUACGUUCUUGUUUGACUGACCGGACACGCAUCGCCCGAGAAAUGUCAACUAGGCUGUGAUUAUUCAAACAAAACAAAAAAACAAGGGGGUGAAUGCUAUGACGACCUUGGGAAGCCCUCUUACGCAGAAUGUUUUUGUCUAUUCGAUUGCGACGGGGGGUAAAUAAUGCUAAACGAUUGCCUGAAUCUGAAUGCCUUUUAGUUCGAGCUUUGUUUAUAUCUAGUCUGCGUCUAGUCAUUUUUACGUGUUCCAUUAUUGUUUGCUGACAGACGAUUUCUGAUCAGAUAUUUAUUUAAUAUUUAUGAUAAUAUUUAGAAGACGGUGCUUUUCGUCUGUUUUGUGGAGUUAGGUUCUUUAGUCGGAAUUCAUCAAGUACUUAAAUAGUUAUAGUUUCAAGGUUCGAGAGCGAAUCAUGUGCAAUCCGUAAUUUUGUUGUGAAUUUUGAUACAGAAUUUUAGUAGAUUGGUGCAUUGUAGGCCUAUGGACAGAAAAUAGAGUGGGAGGGAGACCACUUGUUUUUGGGAGGUUUACAAAUUUCUUCAUUUUUGCAUUUCCUAACUAAUUUCAAAAUUUCUAGCUU